AUGACAACCUCAAUCUGCCGUCGCAUGGCAUCAUGUUGCAGGGUAUGCCAAUUCCCUCGGCCGACGCUUAGCACUCCAAGAUUCUCGUCUCGAAGCUUCGGGUCGAGCUCCAUUCUUCGGACACAAUCAGCUGUUGCGUCGCAGAAGCGCAAUCAAUUGUUGAAUACCUGGUCUUCUUACCGGGAAUCUUUCGACCUCCCGCUCGAGAAUGGUGUAGACGGACGAUAUGUGGGAUUCAUUGGGAAGCGCCGGAACGUUUCCAAGCAGCUCUCGUUCGCCGACUUGACGCUCCCCUCGGGACAAGUUAUUCAGCUCUGCUCCAAGGCCGAAAUCGACACCGAGGCUCAUGAGAAGUUUCGACAAGUCCCCGCACAUUCUCCCGUUCUAGUACAAGUACAUCCCGAAGCGGUCCAAGCAGAAGGCGGGGCACAAGAUGCGACCUCGACGAAGAUGACAUUCAAUGCCCAGGGCAUACAGACGCUGAAUAGUAUUUCGAAGGAUAUAAUUGUCACUCCGGAGACCGUAUUUCCCCAGACAAAGCGGCAUCUUCAGCUUCGAUUCCACCCUGAGUUACAAGCCCGCCUGAAGUUCCGUUCCUGGCUAAAGGGCAUUCUCAACCAAGGACUCGUCGAGAAAGGGUUUACAGAUGUCGAGACCCCGACACUUUUCAAGUCCACUCCCGAGGGUGCUAGAGAGUUCCUCGUACCGACAAGGCAGAAGGGGAAAGCCUACGCCUUGACGCAGAGCCCGCAGCAAUAUAAACAGGUGCUGGUAGCAAGUGGUAUUGGUCGUUAUAUGCAAUGGGCUCGGUGUUAUCGUGAUGAAGACUCCAGAGCUGACCGCCAGCCAGAGUUUUCUCAGCUCGAUAUGGAAUGGGCUUUCGCGCGGGCCGCCAACGUCCAGAAAGACAUCACAGAUAUUGUAUUAAAAGCGUUGGCAGCAUUGAGGCCUGCCCAUAGCUACCAAACACUUCGUGGAGAGAGAGUUCCCGAUCUGUCUGCCAUCCCCGAUGGUCCCGCGGGAGCAGAUGAACUCCCAGCUCACGAGUUCACCACCCUGACUUUCGCAGACUGUAUAGCUAUGUACGGAAUCGACAAGCCUGAUUUGAGAAUACCGUCUCGAAUUUAUCCUAUUACUGUUCCGGACACCGCCCGGGAUUUUGUCGGCAUGAUAUCGCACCUUCCGGAGCCCCUCGUCGAGGGUUUCUCGUUCUCUUUGAAUGACAGUUCACCUGAUGCUUCUCGCCGAUUUGUCAAUAAAUUUAUGCAAGAAUUACCCUCAUCAUUUACAGAUAACCCCGACGGACAACCUCAAAUCCUUGUAUACGACUCAAUGAAGCCUCUGGGCGGCUUCUCCUCCAUCGGUUUCGAAUACGAGAGUGUUUUAGGCCAAGUAUCUGGAGGAAAAGAGCUUCAGGAUGGAGAUCUCGUAGUCUUCCAGGCAAGACAGCAGCAAAAGGGCCAGUAUAGCUUCUCCUCGACCAAGAUUGGAGAAUUCCGAGUGGCGCUGUGGAAAGCACUCGUUGAAGAAGGACUCAUGAGUAAGCCUCGACUCGGCGAACCAGGGUCGCUACAGUUCCUCUGGGUGACCGAGUUCCCGAUGUUCAAGCCUAUCGAGGAAGAUGAGCCGUGGAAAGUCAAGGAUGCCGGUGCCGGGAUUUCCGCUUGCCACCAUCCCUUCACGUCUCCUCUGUCCCAGAAGGACUUGGAGCUCUUGUUUACUGAUCCUUUGGAAGCCCGCAGUGCGGCAUACGACCUUGUCUUGAACGGCACAGAGGUUGGUGGUGGGAGUGAGCGUAUUCACAUUGCAGAAGUGCAAGAAUUCAUCAUGCGCGACAUCCUCAAGAUGUCCGACAAGAGGGUCAACGAUUUCUCACAUCUGCUCGAAGCGCUACGAGCGGGCUGCCCACCCCAUGCCGGUUUCGCGCUUGGGUUCGAUCGCUUGGUGGCCCUCUUGACCGAUACACCUACAGUGAGGGAUGUGAUCGCCUUCCCCAAGACAAUGAAGGGAGAAGAUCCAUUUGUACGUGCUCCAGGUAAGAUCACAAAUGAUCAGCUUGAGCCGUAUGGACUCGUGAUUGCUGGGAGCAAGAAGUAG